UUCAUUUUUAAAGGCCGCUGUUAAACAUAUUUAAUAUAAAUGUUCAUUGUUUUUGAAAACACAUUAUAAUCGUGUUGCAUGUAAACACAAUCCAAUUGUCGAGAGAAUCAAAUAAGGAGUAGCAUAAAUAUAGUGAAUAGAAUGAAAUAAUAUAAAACAAAGUGGCAUCAUUAAUUAUAAAUCAGAAAGCCAUAGUUUGAACAAUCUACGAUUCGAAUAAUUAUGCAGAUAAACUGAUUUUGCGCGGAUCCGGUAAAUGUAUGGGUUGUAUUCGAUAUUUUCGAUGGGCUAUUUGAAAAUAUAAGGAGUCAUACAGAGUGUUAUACGAGAGAAUGUGCAAAAAAAGCUCUUCCCUAUAAAAAUGGAUUUGUGAGGUAAGGCUUUGUUGAAAUUCCAGCCUCAAUCAGAACAAUCUGGUAUCCAGAUCACGUGAACAAAUAUGCUUGUAUGCUUGUAUUUUAAGGCAGCGCCUUUAUUUGUCAUUAUAAAACGGUUUUCGAAACACUGUAGGCCUACCUAAAUCUUAAUAUGUGAUUUAAAAAAUAUACUAGGCAUUAUAAACUCUUUCAUUCAAAGUGAUAUUUGAUUGCGAGUAACGUUUUAGAGUAGCAGCACCAACAGUAGCCAAUUCGUUUUUUAUUGGUAGUUGAGUGUGAGUCUUGUUUCCAUUCUAUCGGGAAUACUGUCUGCAUUGGUAUAUGGAAAUGUGUGAAAAUCCGCAAGAUCAGGUUUAGGACAGUAUUGUCUGCACACAAAGGGUGAAGGAUAUAUUCUAGAGACUGCAGGCGAAGAAAUUGAGACUGAGAAGUACGAGUUUAUGAUAAAUUGAUUCACAGGUCGUGAUGGGCACCACGAACAAGUCGUAGUAAAUGAAGAAAUAAAAAAACAAAUCAACGUGGGAAACAGUUUGAAACUAAGGAACGGGUGGGAAAUUCCAAUCACGUGACAGCAGAAAAUCCAUGCCAUUGGAUAAGAGAACACGGCCCGUCUCUGUUUGAAUUUCCACAAUGCAGAAAACCACUUACUAUGAUAAUUCUGGACUUUUUGGAGGCUACUCAUAUCCCAAAUCCGACUCAUACAGUUACAGUUCUACUCAUCAGCCUUACUCUACUUCUAACAUUGAGAACGACUUCCAGAGCCCAGUUUGUCCAAUACAAACCUCCACAAUCAGACCCUCAACACAUAAAAGCACUGAUGUAAAUGGAAGCUGCAUGCGAACAAGCAACGGCCAAGGUAACAGCCAAGCAGCAAGCAUUGGAGAGCAACAACAAGCACCUCCUUUGCCAGCGUCUUCACCAAACUCAAACAGCACUUCAUCACAGAAAAAGAAGUCUCCAUCUAACAGUGCUUCCAGUACUGCAAACUCAGUUAUUACAAAGCAAAUUUUCCCAUGGAUGAAGGAAUGUCGACAGAAUUCUAAACAGAAAAACAACAACUGCACUACCGCAGGAGAAACGUGCGAUGACAAAAGUCCACCCGGCCCAGCCUCUAAGAGAGUCCGCACCGCCUACACGAGUGCCCAGCUUGUAGAACUUGAAAAGGAGUUCCAUUUCAACCGGUACCUGUGUCGUCCUCGCAGAGUGGAGAUGGCAAAUUUAUUGAAUCUCACAGAGCGUCAAAUAAAGAUCUGGUUUCAAAACAGGAGGAUGAAGUACAAAAAGGAUCAAAAAGCCAAGGGGAUAAUGCACUCUCCCAUCGGACAUUCUCCUGACAGGAGUCCGCCGUUAAGUGGUCCCAAUCACAUUGGGUAUUCCGGGCAGCUCCCGAACGUAAACAGCCUCAGCUACGACGCGCCCUCGCCUCCAUCAUUCGCCAAGCCACAACAAAACAUGUACGGCUUGGCUGCGUACACAGCACCAUUAGGCGGCUGUAUACCGCAGCAGAAAAGGUACCCGGGCUCCGAGUACGAGCACCACAGCAUGCAAGGCAACGGCGGGUUUGCCAACGCUAAUUUACAAGGCAGCCCCGUGUAUGUUGGAGGGAAUUUCGUUGAUUCUAUGCCAGCCUCGGGCCCCAUGUUCAACCUCGGCCAUCUCCCUCAUCCCUCAUCCGCCAGCGUGGACUACAGCUGUGCUGCCCAGAUCCCAGGCAACCACCAUCAUGGACCCUGUGACCCCCAUCCCACGUACACAGACCUCACUUCACACCAUGCCUCUCAGGGAAGGAUUCAGGAGGCGCCUAAAUUAACGCAUCUGUAGUGGAUUCCUUCGUUUUUCUGAAGCGAUGUUUCUCGCUUUUUUAUUACCUCAUUAGUCUGAAGUACUUUAUUCGGCGGUCUGAGAGGGGCCUCAGUUUCAGCCUGUAUUAUUAUUAUUAUUAUUAUUAUUAUUAUUAUUAUUAUU